AUGGCAGAAAACUCUGACGCCGCCAAGGCCCCGGUAUCGACGCCUGCUGAGCCCGUCGUGACGGAUGACGGGCCUGCUGCGAAGCGUGUUAAGCUGGACAGCACUCAUCACGCCCCUGCGUCUGGAGACUCUCGGAAUAAAAAGAAAGAUGAUGCCUCACCUACAAAACAAGAGGCCGAUAACGAGGACGGCCAACGUCAGAAUGACACGAGGAAGGGAUUGGCACCGAUCAAGAAAGAGUACGAAUCACAACAGAUCAGCAACGAGGAGAAGUGGAACGGGACGGAGAAUGAGAGAGAACCUCUGCUAAUACGCUCCAGGUUCCUCGUCGAGAUGGCGUCGCAGCGGCAGGUGGCAGAUGACGAUGCUGCCGAAGGCCGAUCAGAGCAGCUCGGUGGCGACGCCAGGGACGCCAAGGACGCUGACGGCUCCAAGCCCCAGAAGGGCAAGAGGAAGAAGCAAAAGGGCCAGAACACGGAGCGCAGCUUUGGUCGCUUCGAUGACGACCUCCGCCUGUGCAACAGCCGCGCGUAUUCCCCUGAAUUCUCGCCCAAGGAGUGCCGCUACGGCGACAAGUGCCGUCUCCUGCACGAUCUCCGCAAGUACCUGGACGAGGGCCGUCGCGACGACGUCGAGACUUUUGGCGGCAAAUGCCCUGUUUUUGAGAAGUACGGCGAGUGCCGCUCGGGCUGGAAGUGCCGCUUCGUCAGGAGCCACAUGCAAGAGGUGGAGCGCGAAGACGGACGCAAGGAGCUCGUGCUACAAGGCCGAAGCGAGGAUGGCCAAGACGACGGCGGCGAGUCCCGCCCCGAUGUGGGCAACGUCGUCCCCAUGAGCGUCAAGAUUGAACUGAACCGCAAGCGGACCGACUUCUCCAAGGCCGACAGCUACAUCAAAUGGCUCAACAAGGAGGCCCAGAUGAGCGACAACUUCAACAACCACCGCCAGAAGGACCAGACCAAGGAGGAGAGUAUGGAGGAGAUGCGCGCCCAGUUCGUCGACCCGCCCUUCAAGGCGUCAGAGAAGAGACGCCUGUACUUUGGGCCCGAGACCCCCGUGCUGGCGCCCCUUACCACUCAGGGCAACCUGCCCUUCCGUCGGCUCUGCGUCGAGCUGGGCGCCCAGCUGACGUACUCGGAGAUGGCUCUGGGCCUACCCCUGCUGCAAGGCACAAACGCCGACUGGGCCCUCAUGAAGGCUCAUGAGACGGAGCUGCAACCCCCGCGCGUCUCGCCGCCCACCACCGGCAACGGCAACAGCACCGUUCCCGUCUUCGACAACGGCGGGUACGACCACGCGCGAGACAUCCGCUUCGGCGCGCAGAUCUCGGCCAGCCAGCCGUGGGUGGCGGUCAAGGCGGCCGACGCGCUGAGCCGCUUCUGCCCGCAACUGCGACUCAUCGACCUCAACUGCGGCUGCCCGAUCGACAUGGUGUACAAGUCCGGCGGCGGUUCCGCCCUCCUCGACUCGCACGGCAAGCUUGAGCGCAUGAUCCGCGGCAUGAACGCCGUAUCGGGCGAGGUGCCGGUGACGGCCAAGAUCCGCACAGGAGUCCGCCAGAACCGCCCCACGGCAUGGCAGGUGAUGAACAAGCUCGCCUUUGGCGGACGCGAGCACCGCGAGCGUCUGGGCGCGCCGGGCUGCGCGGCCAUCACGCUGCACGGCCGCAGCCGCGAGCAGCGUUACACCAAGCGCGCAGACUGGGGCUUCAUAGCCGAGAGUGCAGCCCUGGUCAAGACGUACAACGAGGAGCUGGCCCGGCUGACAGACACGGCCGCCGAGCCUGACCCGAGAACGCAGCCAAGCGCGGGGCGCCUCUUCUUCAUCGGCAACGGUGACUGCUACUCCCACGUCGACUACCAGAACCACAUCGACGAGGCCCGCGUCGACAGCGUCAUGGUCGGCCGUGGCGCCCUCAUCAAGCCCUGGCUCUUUGAAGAGAUUGAAAAGGGCCAAUACCUGGACAAGUCCGCCUCGGAACGCCUGACCUACAUCGAGAAGUUUGUCCGCUACGGCCUCGAGGCAUGGGGCUCCGACGAGCUGGGGAUAGGCUUCACCCGUCGCUUCCUCCUCGAGUGGCUCAGCUUCUCCCACAGGUACAUACCCGUCGGCCUGCUCGAGCAUCUACCUCCCAACCUGAACGAUAGGCCGCCCGCCUAUAGGGGAAGGAAUGACCUCGAGACGUUGCUGGCUUCGGAUAAUUAUCUCGACUGGAUCAAGAUUUCCGAAAUGUUCCUCGGUCCCGUCCAUCCGGGUUUCAAGUUCCAGCCUAAGCACAAGUCUAAUGCUUAUGAAACUGAGGGUUGA